UUCAAAACAGAGAGAGAGGACAGAGAAAUGUCUUCCUUUCUCCUAAUCAAAUUCAAAAUUUAUAAAUCACAUGUGUAUUGGCAGGUUCAUUCCCAAUUUUAAGCAUUUUCCAUCUCUUUACCAACUUUGUCUGGUUUCAAAUUUUGCUUUGAAAAGAUUAAAAUAAAAAAAAUAAAAAAAUAAAAAGAAAAGGGGCAAGAAAUUGUAUUCCAUUCCGAAAUUCUCACACCCAUCCAUCCCUUGUAGACAAAAAUGGGUUGCCAUCAGAGCAAGAAAUACACUUCAAAAGAAGACGAUAAUGGCUAUGAAGCAGCAGCCACCGGUGGUGGUGCUAGAAAUCACCAAACUCAUCAGCAACCACAGCCAAUGGUUCAGAACCAGAAAGUCUCUGUCCCUCAAACUCACAACCCACCAACCAGACCAAAACCACAGCCCCAACAGCCACAGCCACCAAAGUCUCCACAGCCACAGCCACAGAUGGUCGAUGUUGCUCCUUCAAAUGCUAUACUGGGCAAGCAGUUUGAUGACAUCAGACAGUACUAUACUCUUGGAAAAGAACUGGGUCGAGGCCAAUUCGGUAUUACUUAUUUGUGCACUGAGAAUUCUACUGGUCAUGCUUAUGCCUGCAAAUCUAUACUCAAGAGGAAGCUGGUGAAGAAGAGUGACAGAGAUGACAUAAAGAGAGAGAUUCAGAUCAUGCAGCAUUUGUCUGGGCAACCAAACAUUGUUGGGUUCAAAGGAGCUUAUGAGGACACGUAUUCUGUUCACCUCGUGAUGGAACUCUGUGCUGGUUUGGAGCUUUUCGAUCGGAUUAUAGCGCAGGGCCAUUAUUCUGAGAGAGCUGCUGCUGGGAUUUGCCGGGCCAUUGUGAAUGUUGUGCAUAUUUGCAAUUUUAUGGGUGUGAUGCACCGUGAUCUCAAGCCUGAGAAUUUCUUGUUCUCUAGUAAGGAUGAAAAUGCUAUGUUGAAGGCUGCUGAUUUUGGCUUGUCUGUUUACAUUGAAGAAGGAAAGGUGUAUCGUGAUAUAGUAGGUAGUGCCUACUAUGUUGCUCCUGAAGUAUUGCGCCGGAGUUACGGAAAGGAAAUAGAUGUUUGGAGUGCUGGAGUUAUUCUGUAUAUUCUACUGAGUGGUGUACCUCCAUUUUGGGCUGAAACUGAGAAGGGAAUAUUUAAUGCCGUAUUGGAAGGACAUAUUGACUUUGAGAGUCAGCCAUGGCCAUCUAUAUCAGACAGUGCUAAAGAUCUAGUUAGGAAGAUGUUAACACAAGACCCAAAGAAGCGAAUAACUCCUGCAGAAGUUCUUGAACAUCCGUGGCUUAGAGACGGUGGAGAAGCAUCAGACAAGCCAAUAGAUAGUGCAGUUCUCUCUAGGAUGAAGCAAUUCAGAGCAAUGAAUAAGCUCAAGAAGCUUGCUUUGAAGGUCAUUGCAGAAAAUCUAUCUGAAGAAGAAAUUAAAGGUCUUAAAGCAAUGUUCACCAACAUGGAUACUGACAAGAGUGGCACUAUCACGUAUGAAGAACUGAAGACAGGUUUGGCUCGUAUUGGGUCACAACUGUCAGAGCCCGAAGUCAAGCAAUUAAUGGAAGCUGCUGAUGUGGAUGGAAAUGGAUCAAUUGAUUACAUUGAAUUUAUAUCUGCCACAAUGCAUAGACACAGACUAGAAAGGGACGACCACCUAUACAAAGUAUUCCAGUACUUUGAUAAGGAUAAUAGUGGGUUUAUUACAAAAGAUGAAUUAGAGACUGCUAUGAAGGAGCAUGGAAUUGGUGAUGAGUCCAGUAUCAGAGACAUAAUCUCUGAGGUUGAUACUGAUAAUGAUGGGAGGAUCAACUAUACAGAAUUCUGUACAAUGAUGAGAAGUGGGACUCAACAUCCAGGAAAGCUCUUUUAGUUACGUUCCCCACCAGCAGAGGUGUGUUAUGAUGUAAGUGAGAUUCAACAACAAGGAAAACUCAUUUUUACGUUAAUUAACUAUUUACUGAGGUAACAAAGUUAGAUGGUUGUUAUUUGAGUUACAGGGAGGACUGAACCAUUUUUGAGAUGGUUUCCCUUAGAAGUCUUUUUUAUUUUAUUUUAUUUUUCAAUCUUGCACGCAAAAAUGGUCAGUUUCAGCAUGAGAAGUUAUGAGUUACUGGUUAUUC